AUGCCUCCUCCUCCUCCUCCUCCUCGCUCCUUCUUGAUUCUUUUCUUGCUUGUUUCCACUCCCUCUUUCCUCCUCCAGAUCUCCUCUGCGGCCCAUGAAGAUGGAGAUCAUGAUAUGGACGCAGAUCCAACCCUCAAGUUCGAGAACCCUCGGAUCCGCUGAGCCUACAUUGCCUUGCAAUCAUGGAAGCAAGCCAUCUUUUCAGACCCAUUCAACUUCACAGCCAAUUGGAAUGGCUCAGACGUGUGUUCUUACAUGGGAGUCUUCUGUGCUCCAUCCCCCAAAAACAAGAAAAUCAGGGUGGUGGCUGGCAUUGACCUCAACCAUGCUGACAUUGCUGGCUAUCUUCCUACCGAGCCAGGCCUUAUCACCGAUCUGGCGCUCCUCCAUAUCAACUCCAACAGAUUCUGUGGGGUCGUGCCCAGUAGUUUCCGCAAAAUGAAGCUGCUCAAUGAGCUGGACCUGAGCAACAAUCGGUUCGUGGGUAAAUUUCCCAAGGUUGUGCUCUCCUUGCCUUCCCUCAAGUACUUGGAUCUGCGCUUCAACGAGUUUGAAGGUUUUGUGCCCUCCCAGCUCUUUGACAAGCCCCUUGAUGCUAUCUUCUUGAAUGACAAUAGGUUCCGAUUUGGCAUCCCGGAGAAUGUUGGAAACUCUCCUGUUUCUGUUGUUGUCCUCGCAAACAACAACCUUGGUUGGUGUAUUCCAGACAACAUUGGGAAGAUGGGCAAAACCCUAAACGAAAUCAUUCUCAUGAAUGACAAUCUCACUGGGUGUUUGCCUCCCCGGAUCGGUAUGCUCAAGGAAGUAACUGUGUUUGACGUGAGCUUCAAUCAUCUGCAAGGCGCUCUACCUUCCAGCAUUGGAAACAUGAAGAGUGUCGAGCAACUCGACAUUGCACACAACAGUUUCACAGGUGUUGUUCCUGAUAUUGUUUGCCAGCUGCCUAAUUUGCAAAAUUUUACCUACUCUUUCAACUAUUUCACCGGCGAAGCUCCAAGCUGUGCUGCUAUUGGAGUAGUCUCUAAUGGUACCCAGAAUUGCAUUCCCGGCAAGAUGAAUCAGAGAUCAGCUAAACAAUGUUCUUCUGAAGCUGCACGCCCUGUUGACUGCAGCAAGUUCAAAUACGGUGGCGGUGGUCGAGGUGGCGAAAAUGGCUCUCCAUUAACACCACCACCACAGACGAGAGGUAUUCCAGUUGGAAGGCCAGCACCAAAUCCUGCACCCAUGAGAAAGCCAUUUGUUGCAUCACCACCACCUCCCACUUCCAAGUCUUCACCUUCCACCAGAUCUCACCCACCACCACCUCCCACAAGGUCUUUCCAUCCACCACCAUCUCCACAUUUUGCAUCCCCACCAGCGCCCCCUAAAAAAGCAUCACCCAGAACACACCUUCCACCACCAACGCCGCCCCCGCCCCCGCCUGUUGAACAACAGCCACCAACUUAUCACCAUAUACCGCCGCCGCCACCUUCUCCUCCUCCACCUAACCAUUACCGUUCUCAUUAUGCACCACGGCCACCUAUCAAAAAGGUUUCACCAGGCACACCUAGCCAUGUACCACCACCUCCACCAUCGAGUGUAAACAGGCCUCAGGUGCCUAAAUAUAAACCCCCACCGCCCCCACCACCCUACCAAUACAAAACACCAACGCCACCAACGCAGUCUGCUGAAGUUCCAUCACCAAGCUACCACACUUACUCUCCACCCCCACCCCCCUCCACCAACAAAUGA